GGAAAAACUGUCGUGUUUCACUGCAUUUACCGCAUUGAAAGUGUAUUAAAUUAUCUAUUUAUUAGUAUAUAAACAAAAAUGAUAAUGAUGAAAAUAUCUUUAACAUUAUUUUUAGUUUUGAGUGGUUCCUUUUUGAGCACCCGGGCCUCAUCUACAAUAGGGCAACUCUUAGACGCGAUUAACCAGAAUUUAGGUGUUUUUGAGGAGCAGUACAACAAAUUUGAAAACAGAUUUUACGAAAUAACCGAGGAAGGCCUCAGCAACUUAUUGAAUAAAUUAGAAACCAUUUUAGAGGAAGUGGCUGAUAGUUUUCCUAUUACUGAGGCUCUAGAGGCUGUAGUAAAGCUGGAACAAGAAGCCAAGGAUUUAGGCGUGGAUAUUACAUCUUGCACCAGAAAUGUCGAUUUUGGAAUACAACAGCUGCACGAAAGAGCCGACACUAUAAUCGACUUAAACAAAACAUACGUUCUCUACAUCAACCAAUGGAACUCUGCUACAAACACGGAUCUGAACUCAAUAAAAAGCGCAUUAAAAAAUUACCAAAAUGAAACAAACCAGUGUCUGAAAAACCUGGAGCAAGCCUCCAUCGUUAAAGUGUGUCUGUUGCAAGUGCUGAGUCAGUUAAACAUGUCUGUAGCUCUUUUGGAGUCUCAGAGUGAAAUUGCAUUUAAUAGUGCGAGUGUUUAUAUGGAGCAAAUGGACACGGCUGUCACAGGAAUCUUUGAGGAACGUGUACAGAAUUGGCCUGAGAAGGUUGAUAAUAUGGUGGAUUAUUUGAGUGAAUGUGCUGAGAAUAUUUUUAAUAAGAAUGAUACUGUAAUAUCGAGUUUUGAAUAUUAAUAAAAUUUGGGUUAUUUGUUAA